AUGAAUUGUAUUACCUAAACUUCCGAAAUAGAUAUAUAAUAAUAACAAAAGUAAUAAUAACUUUAAAGAUAAUAAUAAGGCUUUUCAUCUAAUAUUAUUAUUUCUUAACCAUAAACUUCUUAAAAAUCAUAAUAUGAUGAAUAAUUAAAUUAUUAUUAAUAGGAAGCUUGUAGGCUUUACAUUGCUAAUAUAGUAUUAACAAAUUAAGUUAAAGAAUUAAUAUAAGAUAAAAAUGAGCUUUUAUAAAAAUAUUAAAAAUUAGAGAAAAGGUAAUUAGAUACAUAAUUAAGUUUAGCAGAAGAAAGAAAAAAAAGAAAUAGAAGAACUGCUCACGAAAUAGAAAGACAUUAUAAAUGUCCUUAAUAAUAAUGCUAAAAAUCAUAUGGUUCUGAAGGUUCAUUAGCUUAACAUAUUAAACUUAAACAUCCUGAAUUUUACUAAAGUAUAUCAAUGAAUGUUUCCUAAAAUAUAAGUUCAGGAUAAAAUAUUAAAUAGUAAAAUGGAUAAAAUUAUUAAUCUUCUGAAUGUUCUGAUUCUUACAUAGAAGAAAACUAAUCUUCUACAUCAUCUAAAUAAAAUAACGAAAAAAAUAUGAUUAAUGACAAUAAUAGUGAUAUAAGUAUUGAUUAAAAUGAGAACAAAAUCCAAGAUUGA